AUGCAGCCUCAACUGGGGCAGCCCCAGCCCCCCCCCCAACCGGCCACCACUGGCCCUCAGCCACCAGGGACACGGCUGGGGGCCGAGCUGGGGGCAUGGCCCCCGGGUGGGGGGGAGCCAAAGGUGGCUGUGUACCUAGGGAAGGAUGUUUUCAUCAAUCUGGAUGCUUUUGAGAGCAGCCUCUUCCGGCUCUCCAUCCCAGAAGAACUUGAAACCAAGGAAGCCUCACCUUCAGCACCAUCAACAGACUUCUGUGACAGCAUACAUGAUGGAGAGAUGUCUACUGUCACUGUGGAUAUCCCUGACAAUGCAGUCAGUUGUAUUGAUGCGGCUCCCCUGACUGCACUUGUUGCAGUAACGGCAUGUGACAAAGGCCUCAUUCAAGAAGCAGGACUGAGAAAUAAUUUCAAUAUACAGCAGGACGAUCACAUCAAAUAUAACUUUACGAAUCUGGGAUGUCCUCUUCUGGUACAUUAUAAAAAUCCUUGGAUGCCACUGGACUUUGCUGGAGGAACACAGUCUCCAGAUCCAAAUACUGCAUGGACCAGAAGAAACUACAUGAGCUGUAAGGAUAGGAAUGGACCUGAACUAAUGUGGCCCUCAGUCAAGUAUCAGGUUCUUGAUGGAGACAAAAAUAAGAUCACUUUCCCUCCCUAUAAUGGUCUAUAUAUCUUCAAAGCCAGUGUAGUGGAUACAUUUAACAGUUACUGUGAUUUAUCCAUAACCUUCUCAGUAUAUGUCUAUGGUGUUUUUCCCACAAACUACCUACAUUUUGGGGCAUCACUGACAGUCUCUCUGACUUUGCUUUUGAUUUUUACAAGAUACUCCCUCUCUCAUUUAUCACUCUAA